UCUGAUUACUUUGUCAAAUUCUGUAACAGAACCCUUUGUCUGCGGCAGCACGAGUGUACUAUUAGCUGUUUGCAUUGUCCGCAUGUGUAUCGAAUUAAACGCCUAACAAGCCUGUUCAUAUUCAGAAAUGUGGUCAUUACGAUCCCGCUUGGCCAGCCUGUCACGCCCGGGACGUUCUUCCCAUUCCAACCCCCUGUGAAAAUGUCUUGCUAGCCAGCUAGUAGCUAUCUACACCUCAGUUUGUGGUUGUGCGUUGUAAUGUUUAGUAUUGUAUCCAUCUCUUCACUACUAUGGCUGUACGUUGGUUAUGCAGCCUGUUUGGGAAGCCCUUUGAUGGUGGGAAGAGGAUGGACAAUGGCAGCCAGCAGCAGCACCCAGCCAUGAAUAGGCUCUAUGAGGUCCAGCGGGAGGUUCAGUCUCUGGGCCCUCAAGUGUGCACCUUCAGCGGGCUAAAGAACGAGCGGGAGUACCGGCGGCUGGAGCGCGAGCUGACCCAGCUGCUCCUGGAAGUGGAUCAGGUGGACACGGAGGGCAGGGCAGACCUACAGGGGGCACGCAAGAGAGCAGCCCAAGAAGUAGAGGGGCUGUUGCGCUACCUGGAGGAGAACGCCACCCACCCGUCCCGCCUGGCCAUCGAGGAGCUGAGCAGGGAGGCCCAGAGGCUGGUGGAGCAGGGUGUGGUGGAGCCUCAGCAGGCUGGGGGCACAGCAGAGAUCAGUGAUGAGCUGGUGGAUGCCGUGCAGGAGCUGAUACUGAGGCUCACCCAGGUGAAGACAGGAGGGAGGGUGCCCCUCCGCAAGGCUCGCUACCGGGCCCUGACACGACUGUGUGCCGUGCAGGACGUGAUCGAGGGUCGCACGCGCCAGCAGACCCUUCCCCUUUCGGAAGACACACAUGUGGCUGUGCAGAGGAUCAACCAGGUGAUGGUGCAGGUGAGUGGGGCACGCAGCCAGCUGGUGGCACUGCUGAUGGGGCUGAGUGGGAGGGAUAGCUGUGCCCACCUCUCCCGUGUGCUCACUGAGCUCCUAGUGGAGCUGGAUGCCCUGGACGUGUCGGGGAAUGCAGCGGUCAGAAACUACCGGAAACAGGUGGUGGAGGAGAUCAACAGCCUGCUCAAACACCUGGACCUGGAGGGAGAGGGAGACGAUACGCGCAGGUAUGACUUGGGGCAAAAUGACUCUAUCCGUCAGAUUGAGGCGGUGCGUGGUCGGGUGGGCCAGCUGCAGGGGGAGGUCCUUCGACACUGUGGGGUGGGUGACCUCUUCAGGCCCAAGCCUGAGCUCCAGAGUCUCCUCACACAUCUGGACCAGGUAGACACAGCCCGAAACCCCUGUAUCCGUGAAGCCCGCCGGCGUGCCGUGUUGGAGGUCCAGGCUGUCAUCACCUUCCUGGACCUCCGUGAGGCCCUGAUCUGCCGCCAGCCCAGCCCCAAUGAGCCCUCACAACACAGGGCUGUGUGGAUAGUCCUGGGCAGCCUGUCAGACCUCCAGGCCCAGGUACUCUGCUUCAAUGGCAAGCAGGCCGACAAGAGCUACAGGCUGCUGGAAGAGCUUCUGACCAAACAGCUGCUGGCUCUGGACGCAGUUGACCCACAGGGCGAUGAGAUGACCAAGGUGGCCCGCAAGCAAGCAGUCAAGUUUGCCCAGAACAUCCUCAGCUUUCUGGACAUGAAGACAGAUGAGUGGGAAUACUGAUCCACUGGAAAAGACUGGACAUAGCUGUAGGAUGCUCUAUGGAAUUGUAUAUAAACUGGUGCAUCAUCACUCUAAGAGAGUUGGGGUGUGUAAAUAUUGUCUAAAUCCCAGAAUGCACGGCAGCAGCGCUUUUGUCUCUUUGUCAUUGUUGCUGGCCUGUGGGGGGUGGGGGGAACAGCCCAAUAACAUUUUUGUGAAAUAGAAUUUGGAGAAUAGUGUUCUGACAUACAAUGUGCUUUUUAAAGUUUACAGAGCAUCUUUUUGAAAUCUACUGUAUGUGUGUGCGUUUUGAUCAGUGUUGUGGUUGCAAAGCCUGCGGCCAAAAGCACUGAAGCCUGUUAUAGUGGUGGUCAGAGUAGUUAAGAUAGUCACUUCGUCUGUUUUUCAAAUGCAGGAGUGGGACUAGAGUAAUUACAUCUCGAUGGUAUCCAUGUUUAGCUUGAUUACUUUGGAGGUCAGUUGUAAAUUUACUCAGCCAAAUUAUGUAAAUGAUGUCUCAAAAUACUUACUGAGAUGAACCGAGAUUACAUCAGUACUGUGAGACAAGAUCUUCCUCUGUUCAUGUUGCUUCUCCACUUCCAUUUGCUCUGUGUCUCUUCCUGGUAAUGCUUUAAUCAACACUUCUGGGGCAAACUACCCUAACCCUGGACGUACACAGCUGUUUCUGGCAACCAUUCAGAUGACAAAUGAAAAGGAGAGCUUCUUUACGGCUUUAACCACUGUUCUACAAUAAUGAGGAGAAGGAGGAUGUAGAGUUAAAGGGCCUGUGAGAACAUUUGUCAAUAGGAUGGUAUGUUAUUAAAGACCUUGUAUAGAAUGAACAUUUGUGGACACGAUAAUUGCCCUGUUUGUAAUUUGUAGCUAAAUAUUGAAUGUGUGUUUGCGAGGCUAGUGAAGUGGAAAAACAGUGUGAAGGUGGUUUAGGUUUCAUUUUUGUCUGUGGCUUUCUAUUGUCAGAGGAAUGUGUCUGAGAGCCCCGUAGAGGGUCACUGAUUUGGUGUUGCGUGUAUUAUUAUAGCUGGUGACAGUGUGGACAGAGCAGUCUAAAAUCUCUGCAGAGUUGCAGCAGAGUUAGGAAGCUAUUAGUUAAAAAGCCCAAAUCUGUGCCUUUCUUUUCAUCAUAUUUUUCACCAUCCCGAGGACUUACACUCUGAGAUGUGCACUUUUUACUGAUUCUCAGCGCUGCAACUGACAGCUCUUUGUAAACUGACCAUGGAAUGUCUGGCAGAUAGUGCAUAGGGCUAACAAAGCUUGAACAGUCCUCGGAUAGCUCCCACAGAACUCGCACACUCUCAAAAUGACAGAGGUUAUUCAAACCUUCUCUGCUGCUAUAGAAAAAUAUAUGGCAUACAAACAGGGAAAUCCAGCAUCACAAUCAUGGGUCAUCUGAAGUGAGAUUAUUCGAUUACACUUGUGUUCAGUGCGGCCCUCAUGCAAUGGAGGGGUGUUCACACAGCAAGCUUAAUGCUCUCUCAAACUAACCAAUGCAAAAUAAGGUACCAUUCUGUCAAUUUUUGUUGAUUUGAAGUAAUGUUCUUUGCCAAUAACCAUACAAUCUCUUUCCUUCCUAGGCAUGUACAGUGCAUUCGGAAAGUAUUCAGACCCUUGACUUUUUCAGCCUUAUUCUAAAAAGGAUUACAUUGUUUUUUUCAUCGUCAAUCUACACACAAUACCCCAUAAUGACGAAACAAAAACAGGUUUUUAGACGUUUUUGCAAAUGUAUAUGAAAGUAUUCAGACCCUUUUACUCAGUACUUUGAAGUACUUUUGGCAGCCAUUACAGCCUUGAUUCUUCUUCGGUAUGAUGCUACAAGCUUGGCACACCUGUAUUUGGGGAGUUUCUACCAUCCGUCUCUGCAGAUCCUCUCAAGCUCUGUCAGUUUGGAUGGAGAGCGUCGCUGCACAUCUCUUUUCAGGUCUCCAGAGAUGUUAGAUUGGCUUCAAAUCCGGGCUCUGGCUGGGCCACUCAAGGACAUUGAGGCGUGUCCUUAAGCCACUCCUGCAUUGUCUUGGCUGUGUGCUUCGGGUCAUUGUUCUGUUGGAAGGUGAACCUUUGUCCCAGUCGAAGGUCCUGAGGAGGUUUUCAUCAAGGGUCUCUCUCUACUUACCUCCGUUCAUCUUUCCCUCGAUCCUGACUAGUCCCAGUCCCUGAAAAACAUCCACACAGCAUGAUGAUGCUGUCACCACCAUGCUUCACUGUAGGGAUGGUGCUAGGUUUCCUCCAGACGUGGCACUUGGCUUUCAGGCCAAAGGGUUCAAUCUUGGUUUCAUCAGACCAGAGAUUCUUGUUUCUCAUGGUCUGAGUCCUUUUGGUGCCUUUUGGCAAACUCCAAGUGAGCUGUUGUGUGCCUUUUAUUGAGUGGCUUCUGUCUGGCCACUCCACCAUAAAGGCCUAAUUAUUUCUGGAGUGCUGCAGAGAUGGUUGUCCUUCUGGAAGUUUUUCCUAUCUCCACAGAGGAACUCUAGAGCUCUGUCAGAGUGACCAUCGGGUUCUUGGUCACCUCCCUGACCAAGGCCCUUCUUCCACGAUCGCUCAGUUUGGCCAGGCAGCCAGCUCUAGGAAGAGUCUUGGUGGUUCCAAAUGUCUUCCAUUUAAGAAUUAUGGGGACCUUCAAUGCUGCAGAAUUUUUUUUGGGUACACCUCACCAGAUCUGUGCCUCGACACAAUCAUGUCUCGGAACUCUACGGACAAUUCCUUUGACCUCAUGGCUUGGUUUUUGCUCUGACUUGCACUGUCAACUGUGGGACCUUUUUAUAUGGAAGUGUGUGUGUGUGUCUGUGUCUUUCCAAAUAAUGACCAAUCAAUUUCAUUUAACACAUGUGGUCUCCAAGUUGUAGAAACAUCUCAAGGAUGAUCAAUGGAAACAGGAUGCACCUGAGCUCAAUUUCAAGUCUCAUAGCAAAGGGUCUAAAUACAGAUAUAAAUAAGGUAUUUCUGUUUUUUUUUGUUUUUAUGUCUAAACCUAUUCACUUUUUCAUUAUGGUGUGUUGUGUGUAGAUUGAGAAAAUAUAAUUAAUACAUUUUAGAAUAAGAAUAACAACAAAAUGUGGAAAAGGGUAAGGGGUCUGAAUACUUUCCGAAUGCACUGUACAUCGUGGUGAAUUUACUAAGAUAUCUAUAGUAUCUUCAGUAUAUUAUUGUUUGUUGCUCUAUCAAUGCGGUCUGUUGUGUUGGAUGGGAACCCCUGUGUGAAGGGGUCAUUUGUCAGCCAAACCCCUUUUUAAGAGUAGAAGGCCAGAUCAUAGGCUAACACUAUCUGUUCUAAUUCUAGUCCUCUUUCUCUGUGUAGCGGACAUGAGUCAGUCACGGUUGCUCAUGGUAACAUGAGGUAGCCUUGCCUGCAACUUCAUUAUCAGUGUCAGCUGUCGGGCCCAACUUUGCAAAAAUAGAACAGUGCUCUUAUCUGAAAGUAGUGCUUUCUAUCUGAACUAUAUAUGCAUCAGUUAUAUCCAUGUGAACAUGACUUCGGUGUUGGUUGAGCAAACAACAAAUUACAUACAAUUUUAGGGGUAGAAUGUACAAUUUUGUCAAAAAACAAUGUUUUAUUUAUUACUUACCAAAGCUGAUUUAUUUAUUUUUAUUUUUUUUAAUCUAUAUUUUGUUAUAUAUAGCACAUAUUUUAUCUUAGCUUUAUCUUGGCCAGGUCGCAAUUUGUAAAUGAGAACUUGUCUCAACUUGUCUACCUGGUUAAAUAAAGGUGAAAUAAAAUAAAUACAUUUUGGGUUUCUCACUGUGUGGAACAUUUUUGUUUGCCUACUUUGCAUAUGGCAGCAAUGUGUCUAAGGUACAGUAUUAAAUGUUUUAAUUUGA